AUGUCUACAAAUACAGCAACAACGCGUAAAGGUAAAGUAUCCUUCAUCGAGGUUCCUUCCCGAGAACCAAAAUUUGGCAUAAGGGGGACUCCCAUCACGAUUCCUAUUCAAGGGUCUAAUUCUAGAGGUAUCGCGAUCCCAGUACCUUCGCGUGAACCAACAACAAUAGAUGUUUCUGCUGCUGCAUCAACGACCGCAGGAGGUCAUGAAGCAGGAGUCUCACAAACCCAAGUUCCGUUGGAGACUUCGUCGUCAUCAUUGUCUUUGUCACCAGACGAUAGUCUUUCUUCUUCCUCAAUGACAAUCAAUAAACGAGUUUCAGAAACAAAAAACAACAAAAUUCCAAGGAAAAAAAGAAAGAUUCUUCCUUGGGAAGAUGAUCCUUUUGAGGUACCACUGGAUUUAUCAGAAAUCAAAAUGGCAGAUUUAUGCAAAGAUGUAAAAGUUGGAAGAAAAUCAAGUAAAUUUAAGAAAUUGGCUAAGAAAAAGUAUAUGGAAGCUCAACGAAAGAGACAAGAAAGAAAAGCAAGGGCAGCAGCAACAAGAGCAUCUAUUUCAUCGUCACCUAUGGAUCUCACUAAUAACGAAGAUGAUAAUGGUGUUGAGAUUCAAGAAAAUAAUUCUUUAGAUUUUCAAGAUAUUGGAAUGACACCUUCUGUUGCUCCUUCAACAUCAAAUAUCGAACAAAGUGAAUAUAAUGAAGAUGAAGUAGAAGCUCAAAAUGACGACGAGAAUGAAUCACUUGAGAAUUAUAAUGAACCUUCAGAAAUUAUCGAGGAAGCAGCAACAGAUAAUGAAACAGAGGAAUUGGAUGAAGAUCUGCUGAACGAUCCUAAUAUUACUCUUGUGCGUUCAAUGCAAAUACAGGAAUCAUCAAUUGCACCGCAAAUACGAUGUGUUGAUGGCAAGGUUGUGCUUGACAUUGAAUCUUUGCAAGUAGAUCGUGAGGCAACUGCUCGAAGUGAAGAAGCAAAUGCUCCUUUACGACGUUUAGUAGAAAAUGAUCUCACAAGGUUGACCAAUUCAUUGUCAUACUUACCACCUCGCCAAAAAACGAUGAGAUGGACACCCGAAGAUAAUGAAUUAUUUUUCAAAGGCCUUUCACAAUGGGGGACAGAUUUUGGAAUUAUCGCGAAAAUGUUUCCUCACAGAAAUCGUAAACAGAUUAAGGCUAAAUAUAAACGGGAGUCAAAACAAAAUAAAGAAAAAGUGGAUUAUGCUUUGAAGAACAAGAUACCGAUAGAUAUCGAAGAAUAUUCCAAAGUUUCUGGAAUUGAAAUCCCCGAAAAUAUUGAAUUUGCCGAAGUGGAAUCACUAGAAGUGGUACAGACUCCGGAAGCUUCAGAAACAACUACCCUAUUUCAUCCUGAAUCCCCACUAACCUCAGAAGCAGCCACUUUAGUACAAGAAAUGAUUGAUAGUGUAGCAUCGCCACCGCGUGAACCUGUGACUAUCGAGAUGCCAAAUUCACCAGCAGGCUCAGAUGGCGAAGUAUCUGAUGCAAUUCAAGAACAUGAGUCACAAGUACAGUAA